GUUGUAUCACGAAUCGCUCUCUUUAGGGCAUAUAAGGCAGGGCAUAGGCUGUAAAAUCCUAUUCUGUUGUUCCCUAUCUAGUGUACUUAUACAGGGAUCAGUGAGCCGUUUGAGAUACAGCACGCAGGACUGCGCCUUUUACAGCUGAAGAAACUUCCUCAUGUUUAGCCGCGCUAUCUUUUCUAGACUACGUUUGCGUUAUGUUUGGUCGCCGAAGAUAAUAUUAGUAGGUGAGAAUAUUUUAAUCAGACAUUUUUGCAGCAGGAUGGACCGCGCAGUGGUGCGCUGUGUGCCCUCGGAGCCCAAGCUGACCAUUUCAUUCACUGUAGCCGGUAGCUACAAACACAUGCUGAGGGAGCAAACAGAGGAGCUGGGUAAAGUCUUAGCCCGGAUAUCUAACAGUAUUAUCAAGGCGCAGGCUAAAGGGAAGAAGUCGAAGAAGAAUAAAAGUCAGGACACGUGCGCGGUUGUUGCUGAUCCGGUGGUUCGGCUUUACUUUAACGGCAACUUGGUGGCUGAAGACGCGCUGAACCGGGACGCGUGGCAGGACGGCGCUGUUCUGCAGGUCGGUGACGCAAAAUAUAAAGUUGAACGCAAUCCUCCGACUUUCACCACCGCACAGCUCCCAGCGUCAGUCCUGGCCGGAUUUCCAGUCUGCCCAAAGCUAGAGAUUGAAUUCGGUGAUAUGGAGUUCUGUGUGUUUAAGUGGUACAAGGAGAGCUCUCCAAAUGCGCACGCACGCGACGAGGAGGACUCCUGGGUGGAAGCAGGAAGCGACCGAGUCUUUAUCCCAUCCAAUAUGGAUGUCGGGUUGAGACUGAAGCUGAAAUGCAUGCCGGGAAACCAGUCUAGGUUAGGCCUUGUGGUAGAGCUGGUGACCACCGGCACUGUAGAGGCAGGUCCAGGGGUUUGCACCUUUGACAACAGACACUUGUACACCCGCAAGGUCACGGACGACUCCACAACCAGGGUUGUGACGUAUAACAUCUUAGCAGACAUUUACAGUCAAACUGAGCUCUCCAAAACAGUCCUCUACCCUUACUGUGCUCCAUAUGCCCUUGGACUUGACUACAGGCAAAAUCUCAUCAAGAAGGAGCUUUCAGGCUAUAAUGCAGACAUCGUCUGUCUCCAGGAGGUGGAUAAAGGAGUUUUCAGUGAUAGCCUGGUACCAGCGCUUGACGCGUUCGGCAUGGACGGAGUGUUUAAAGUCAAAGAGAGGCAGCAUGAAGGACUGGCCACGUUUUACAGGAGAUCAAAAUUUAAGUUGCUUUCCAGACACGACAUCAUGCUGAGUGAGGCCUUAGAAAUGGACGCACUCCAUAGCGUGCUGCUGGAGAAGGUGUCCAACAACCCAGUGCUGAAAGAGAAGAUGGUACAGAGAAGUACGACGCUGCAGGUAACCGUUUUACAGUCCGUCAGCGAUCCAUCAAAGAUAGUGUGUGUUGGAAACACACAUCUCUACUGGCAUCCUAAAGGAGCGAAUGUUCGAUUAAUACAGAUGGCUGUGGCCCUGAAGCACCUGAAGAAAGUCAUCACAGAAGAACAUGCUAGUGUGCUGAUAUUCUGUGGCGACUUCAACAGCACGCCUUCGUCGGGACUCUUCCAGUUGCUCAGUCAGGGUUCGAUAUCAGAGCAGCACAGUGACUGGGCAUCUAAUGGUCCUGAGGAGCUUCUUCCAAUGGAGCUUCACAGCCCCUUGCAGUUGACCAGUGCGUGUGGAGAACCGGACUACACCAACUAUGUAGGAGGCUUUAAAGGAUGUCUGGACUACAUUUUCAUGGAGCCGCAGGCUUUGCAGGUAGAACAGGUCAUUCCUCUGCCCAGCCAUCAGGAGGUCACCACGUACCAGGCCCUUCCCAGUGUCUCUCACCCAUCUGACCAUAUAGCUUUAGUCUGCGACCUCAAAUGGAAAUAAAGUUGAGACGCAGCCUCAGCUUUCAUUCCGCAAGUGAACAUGUAGAUCUUUCUCAGAUUUCUGAUUUAUUGCGGCAACAAGAGGACUAGCUGUUUAUCAAUCAA